CCAUUAGAAAAGUUUCUCUUCAGCGACUUCAGUUCUUAAUGGACAAGAUUGGAGAAAAGGGAACAGCAGAGGAGAUUUCAGUCUGACCGAACCGAAAUUACCUAACAGUAACAUUAGAUAGAUAUACGAGGUCCGUCGUCACUAUAACAGCAGAGUUGCCUUUUCAAUUUCGGCGCACAACGUUAGAAUUUUCUCUUCUCCUUUUUCGUCUCUCUAAUUUUUCCCCAACUCCUCCUCUUUGAUCCUUUUUCAUUUUUUUUCUUUUAAGAAAUCGGAAAAAUAAAUAGACUCUGCUUGUUAAUUUUUUGAGUUAAUUCAUCUUCAAUUCGUAUUUUCCCCUCAAAGUCUGCGCGGAGGAGGGAAACCCUGGAGUUGAGUUGGUAGUUUGGAGAUGAAAUCGCCUUUGGGGACGCUCAGAAAAUUCGGGCUGACUAAGAACGAGCCCAAGGAAAAAUGGGAUCACAAAAUCUCGGUGCAUAUUGAUGGGUUAACUCAAGCAGCAAAGGAUAUGAAAGACAUGAGAACGUGCUAUGAUAGUUUACUUUCAGCUGCAGCUGCUACAGCGAAUAGUGCAUAUGAGUUUUCUGAGUCCUUGUUGGAAAUGGGGAAUUGUCUACUGGAGAAAACUGCAAUGCAUGAUGAUGGACAAAGUGGCGGAGCAUUGUCCAUGCUUGGAAAAGUGCAGCUUGAACUUCAGAAACUAGUUGAUAGCUAUCGGUCCCAUAUUAUCAUGACAAUCACAAACCCGUCAGAGUCUCUUCUUAGUGAGCUGCGGAAAGUGGAGGAGAUGAAGUUGCAAUGCGACGAGAAAAGGGAGAUGUUUGAAUACAUGGUGGGACAAUUUAGAGAAAAGGGAAAGUCGAGACAUGGAAAAGGGGAGACCUUCACCUCACAGCAAUUGCAGGUUGUUUGUGAUGAAUAUGACGACGUUGCAAGGCUCUGCAUUUUUCGGGUGGAAUCAUUGAAGCAAGGGCAAAGCCGGAGCCUAUUAACACAAGCAGCUCGUCACCAUGCUGCACAGUUAAAUUUUUUCCGGAAAGGACUUCAAUCUCUUGAAGCAGUUGAACCACAUAUUAGAAAUGUUGCAGAGAAGCAACACAUUGAUUAUGAGCUAAGUGAAUUGACUGAAGUGGAGAAAGGUGAUGAUGAAGGAAACAGUUUUGAAACUAAUGAUUAUGGUGAAUUAAGUUUUGACUAUAGACAAAACAAGCACGAGCUAGACAAUGCUUGCACGUCGAGGAACUCAAUGGAGCUGGAUCAGUUGGGUGCUCCAAGCGCACAAACUCCUAAGGUAAAAGAUGUUGAGGUGCAUAUGGGCAGUAGCAAAAGCCAAGGAGAUGAAAUACCAAGUCAACGAUCUCGUGCGGGCAGUCAUUCUGCACCAAUCUAUCCAGAGAAGUUUGACCCUUCUGACAGAAUUAGAGAAAUGCGGACUGCCGUGCAGAAACUUAAUACUCAUGUGCUGCCCACUCCAGCUGAUGCAAAGGGUUCAGUCCCAAGUAGUUCUGCACCCCAGUCCAGCACUGUACUACCUGUUGAGAGCUCCAAAAAUCCAUGGCAUUCUUCCCCUCUGAACAUUGAGAAGCCAAAGAAGUCCAUAGAUGAUCAUUUAUCUGCACGCAGUUUUUCAAAGGCUCAAAUAGCCGUUGAAGAGACCAGCAACAACAAACACUUUCUCCCACUACCCCGCCCCCUCACUGAGGGAGCUGCUGUCCCACAAUUUGAAACUCAGGGUGGACUUGAUACUCGGAAAAUUAAAAGGCAGGCAUUUUCUGGUCCCUUAGCAAGCAAACCAUCAUCCAACAAGCCCCUCCUACCUACCAGUGGACCCAUAAGUUCCACUGGAGCACCUCAAUCAGUUUCUGGAUUGCUUUCUCGUGCAUCUGGUCCCCAGGCUCCCUCAUUUGUAAAUGUAUCUCAUAAUGCUUCACCGCCCCUUGUAUCUUCACCCAAAAUAAGUGAGCUUCAUGAGCUCCCUAGGCCCCCUGAUUCUUUUAGUUCCAAGCCCAUGCGAAGUGUUGUGGCCCUUGGGCACUCUGCUCCCCUAGUCAACAGAAAUCGAGAAGUAUCCCCAACAAAUAGGAAUCCUUCAAGGCAAUCAAAAGAAGGGUCGCCACUUCCACUUCCACAACUACUAACUGUUUCUCGAAGUUUCUCAAUACCCUCUAGUAGUCAGAGGGCAUCAGCUUUACAGUCAGGUAAGCUAUUGGAAUCAUCUGAAAUUGUGCAGAAGGCAGAAGAAGUUGCUUCUCCUCCACUAACUCCAAUAUCCCUAUCAAACAUGAAGCCACCAAAUUCUGGACAAAUAAGAGUGGAUGCAGGUGGCAGCUGAACUCUCUGGGAUUUGUCCGUGGAAUGUUUGGCUUCUUUGAGUUUUUAGGGCUGAGUAUAUUUUGGGAGUUUCUUGCUGGGUAAAUGUCUGUAAAUAUAGUUUCUAUGUAUUUCCUUGAAUUAAUCCCCUUCUCUUGCUAAAUCAAUUCAUCCGACUACAUUGAGAGCCAAAAUACAACACAAUUUUGCAGUUAUUAUGCUUUGUAUGUGGUGUAACUCUGCUUUCUCUGGUUUUUGUGGGUUGUGGCGUGUUACUCUGUUGGCGUGGGUGGGGCGGAAAGAAUGUGUGACUAUGGGUAUCUGGUUGGUAAAAAAAACUUGCAAACUACUUACAAAAUUGUCCUGUUUUUGGCAUUAUUUAUAGGUUGGGAUGUAUACCAUUUUGUUCUUCAAGUUGGGUGGUUGUGGUGGAUAUGUAUUUCAUUUUGAUGCGCUACCCCAGUGGGAGCGGGGGUGGGGCUCUUAUUAUUCGUCUGUGCCAUCCAUUUGACUACAGGAAUUGUUAAGAGUUGCAAACAAUAUCUUGUAUAUGUAAUUUCUCA